GGUUGGAAUCGUCAAUGCAAAGCGUGAUCAGCAACGCUGCCAAGUACCGAAGCACUCAAUCGAUGUUGUCGCAUGCGCCGAAAUACCCAUUUCCCAUGGAGCUUGGCCAGCCGAAGCCCUGCAAAGACGGGUACUAAGCUCUAAACUGUAGUCUUGCUUUCGGCAUCGCCCAACCGCCCAGACUUUGCCCAGUCACCGGCUGGUGAUAAGACGGGCUUCGCGAAAUGGCCUCUCGAAUCUGUAUGGGUCGACCGCCGGCCUGGGGCAACUAGUUGAAUCCCUGGCAAAGUGGUGGAGUGUACCCACACCAGACACCUGCUCGAAAGAGAGACAGUCAAGGAAUACCAAGACGGCGCUUGAAAAGAGCACAUUUGCCGCUCGUGUGUUACAGGAAGUGCGGGCUACGACUAUAAUUGCAGUCGACUGCCCGUUUCCCUGCUGUUCAGCAGCAGCUCAUUCUUUUUCCCCGCUCAACCUCAUCCCUGUCUGCUAGUCAUGACGACGAACGCUGCAUCCAACGCCGUGGACAUGGCCAUGUCCAACGAGCCCGCCAAGGCUGCUAUGCCUCUGUACGAGGUCGAUGAGAAGCGUGCCCUCUCGGAUGAACGCACGCCAUCGACUCUCAGCCAUCAGCCCCAUGACCCCGAUGUCUUUGAUGCAGACUUGGAAGGCGAGGAACCCACGGAGGAAGACUUGAAGACACUCCGUCGUGUAUCCGGAAAGAUUCCGUGGACUGCCUUCACCAUUGCGUUCGUCGAGCUUUGCGAGCGUUUCGGAUACUACGGUUGCCAGGUGUUGUACACCAACUUCAUUCAACAGGACCUUCCUGUGAUCGAUGGCGUCGUACAAUCCACUGGUCGCGAUCCACGUGAAGAGGGUCAACCAGGUGCGCUUGGCAUGGGUCAGCGUGCUUCCUUCGGUAUCGGACAGUUCAACUCUUUCUGGGCGUACACCACUCCCAUUAUUGGUGCUAUCAUCGCCGACGAAUACCUCGGUCGUUUCAACACCAUCUUCAUCGCCAUUGCCUUCUCUAUCUUGGGCCAUAUCUUGCUCAUCAUCUCCGCCAUUCCCCCUGUGCUCACUAGCGGCAAUGCAAUUGGACCUUUCAUCCUGGGUGUCAUCACCCUUGGUUUCGGAACUGGAGCAUUCAAGGCCAACAUCUCCCCACUGAUUGCUGAACAAUACCGCCAGACCAAGCCGCGUGUCAUCAAGGAUCCCAAGACUGGCGAGCGUGUCAUCUCUGACCCCAACAUCACACUCUCCCGUAUCUUCUUGUACUUCUACAUGUUCAUCAACAUUGGUUCCCUCACUGGACAACUGUCCAUGGUGUACGUCGAGAAGUACGUUGGUUUCUGGUGCGCGUGGCUGCUACCCACCAUCAUGUUCUGCUUCUGCCCCGUGGUUCUUUGGACCUGCAGGAAUAAGUACCACCGCACUCCCCCCACUGGUUCCGUCCUCAUCCGCGCCAUCAAGGUCCUGAAGCUUGCCACCAAGGGCAAGUGGUCUAUCAACCCCGUUACCACGCGCAAGAACUUCAAGAGCGAGCGUUUCUGGGAGGACGUCAAGCCCAGCCAUCUCGGUGCGAACAAGCCUGGUUGGAUGCAGUUCGACGACGCUUGGGUUGACCAGGUUGCUCGUGGUCUGCGUGCGUGCUCUUGCUUUACCUGGAUCCCGCUCUACUGGCUGUCAUACAACCAGAUGAACAACAACCUUACCUCGCAAGCCGCCACAAUGACACGUAACGGUGUCCCCAACGAUGUCAUCACCAAUCUUAACCCCAUCUCUCUCGUCAUCUUCAUCCCUAUCGUAGACAACUUCCUCUACCCCGCUCUCCGCAAGGCAAACAUUCGCUUCACUCCUAUCAAGCGUAUCGCUUUCGGUUUCAUCCUUGCGUCUUUCGCCAUGGUCUCCGCUGCCGUUAUCCAGCACUACAUCUAUGCCGAGGGCCCCUGCGGAAAGUACAUGAACAGCUGCGACGACCCAGCCCCACUUAACGUCUGGACCCAAGCCGUUCCGUACGUUCUCGUCGGAUUCUCCGAGAUCUUCACAUCUAUUACUGGACUCGAGUUUGCCUUUACAAAAGCCCCCAAGAACAUGCGUUCGCUGGUCACCUCUUACUGGCAUUUCAUGUCUGCCUUCUCCAACGCGCUUGGCCAGGCGUUCGUGUCGCUAUCCGAAGACCCGUUGUUGGUUUGGAACUACACGACUGUUGCCAUCUUGGCAUUCAUCGGUGGUAUCCUCUUCUGGUUCCACCAGCGCAAGACGGAUAAGCAGGAGGACAUCCUCAACAUGCUUCCGGACUCGAACUACAUUGGCAAGGACCGAAGACACAGUGUUGAGGAGGACUGGAAGCUAAUUAAUAUACGAGUCUUUCACUUACCUCAUAUGCCUACUUUUCGUCUUAUGCUGAUCGUGCGCCACAUCAUGUUUCGCUGCAUCGAAGACGACUCUCCUCAAUCACGCUAA